AUGCCCCCAACGACCGCCGUGGGCGAUCCUUUCCGGCCGCUGUCGUACAUAUCGCAAUCAUCGGCCUUUACGUCGGACCCGGGCUCCUACCAGCAGCACGGCCCGCCACCCAGGUCGAAUCCGGACGACCAGAACGUGGCGCUUCGACGACAAAGCCAGGACAGCUUCAUCCUCCAGACUGGAUCGCCGACCAGUCAAGGCUACGCAGAAUUUGACUUGGAGACGCAAAAUCGCCGGGCGUCUGAACUCGGCAGGACGGCGACUCGCUACCACACCCGAAGGCGCCCAUUUAAUCAGGACGAGUUUGACGGUCCUUCCCAACUGCUACCACUGCCCGUGCCUCAGCAAGAACACGCGCGGUCCCAGGCUCUGCCGUCACUCCCCGUCCACCUCGAACUCGACGAGCAAGACGAGAUCAUUCUACACGUGAACGACAUAUUGUCGCGAUGUGCCUUCCAUUUCGUGGCGAAGUAUCAGUUUCCAAUUCCGCUGGAGCGAGAUAAGCCCCGGGUUCGAACACCGGCCGACCGGGAGUGGACCGAGUGGGCUUAUCUGCUGAAAAGGCUGGCGACCAAGCGGAGGAUCCCAGCGCGCGUGCUCUACGACAACCAGAUCAAACAGUUUGUGACGACGCUGGAAAAUUCCAUUGCGGUCAGGCAGAACAACCGAGAUCAACAGCCCAGGACCCCCAAGGACGACCGAUAUAUGUUACAACUUGUCAGUGCAGCCACGCAGGUUGCGAGAAUUCUGAUGGACUCGUUAUCAAUGGAACAGCUCGACGCUCUAUAUAGGCAGACGGAGAGCGUCAUCCUCGAAAGAAGAGCCAGGCUUAGAGGAUUGGGAUUUCAAUGA